AUGGUGAGCUUUGAGGACGACGACGAGAAUGAAUCCAGCUCCGAGAACGAGGUUGACGAGACCAUGGACGACAUUGACGAGGGCGACGCCGACGCCGAUGCUGAUGCCGACGCCGAUGCCGACGCAGAUGGCGACGACGAUGCAGAAGGGGACAAUGACGACGACGACGGGGACAACGACGAGGAGGACGAGGACCAGGAUGAUACCCCGGACUCCCCCUCGCGCUCCCAGCGGCCGAGUGCGCCGGACGGGUCGCAAAUGCAGAACGGCACCGGUCCAGAUGCAGCCCCGUCGCGACAAGACCAAGCCAUGCGCCUUGCUUCUGCGUCCCCGCGUCGUUCCGUCACCCCGAACGGAACCCUCCCCCUGCGCCCCACAGUGCGCCCAGAAGCUCUCACGGCCAGCUCUUACGACAUAGUUCCUACCAUCGCGGCUCCUCACAGCACGUCCAUCAACACCAUUACCGCGACCCCAGACAUGCGCUGGGUGUUCAGCGGAGGUGCGGACGGAUAUAUAAGAAAAUUCAACUGGGUGGAUACUGCCAACGCCAAACUGAUGUUGACCGUGGCGCAACGGCACCCUUUCGUGGACAGCGUCACGAAAGCCGGCGUUUUGCUAAGUUACUGGGAGAAUGAGGAAACCUCGGACAGGACCCCUCCUUCCACAAACGAUGACAGUUUAUCUCUCUCACCCGUGUAUUCUUUAGCUGUGCACCACCAAGCUCUUUGGCUUCUUUCAGGCACUGAAUCCGGUGCGAUUAACCUUCAGACCGUUCGGCACCAAGAAGGUCAUCGCAUCACGUCUCUUCGAAAGCAUACGUCCGCUGUCUCAGUUUUGAGUCUUGCGCAAGACGAGAAAUCGGUCUUGUCUGGCAGUUGGGAUAAGACCAUUAAUGAUUGGGACCUCAACGUUGGCCAGGUUCGUCGGCGAUUUGAAACCAGUGGAGGGCAAAUUUCCGCGAUUGAGCAGCGCCCCUUAUCGACCCUGCCUGUACCAGAAGAGGCAGGCCCACCGCUUUACUCCAAUGGAACCUUCAGCUCUAACAACGACGCAAAGCCACUCACCAACGGCGUUCUAACAAAUGGUGUGCCAGCAGCAGGCCAGGAUGAAGAUGCACCUGGAGCCGAAGACGACUCUUUAUUUGGCGACAAUGAUAACGACUCUUUAUUUGGUGGAAAUGGUGACACCAACGCAAAUCCAUCGGGCGCUGCAUUUGGCGACGAUGAAGAUGAUGAGUUCUCAAGAGCCAUUGCAAAUGAGAUUCGACACGCCGAAGAGCAGGAUGCGCAGGGUGACAUCGACAUGACGGACGUCGGUGGCCCUGUCCAGGCCCUCGAUUUGUUGCAGGGCAGCGAGAACGGUGCUCCUGCGGCUGCGUCUGCCGAACCAAAUGCGAAUGCCCCAGGCAUUACAACAACACAGCCUGAUGUCACAAUGAACGGUCUCCCGCACGCCGAAGAAGGCGCCGAUGCUGGAGCCUCCGUCUCGAACACCUUCUCUUCGCAAGACGACACAAUCCCUUCUUCCGAAACCACAUUCCUGGACGCGUCCAUAGACGGCACGUUGCGCAUCUGGGACCGAAGACAGCCAAACCCGAUAGCACGGAUACGCGGCACUCCGCCAUGGUGCAUGAACGCCUGCUGGUCACCAGACGGCAACUACAUUUAUGCUGGACGCCGCAAUGGCACUGUUGACGAAUAUAGCCUACACAAGAGCUUGCGGGAACCCUCUCGCACAUUCCGGUUCCCCUCUGUCAGUGGUGCGGUCAGUGCGGUCAGGGCCAUGCCCAACGGAAAACACCUCGUCUGCGCUUCGUAUGAUAUUCUCCGUUUGUAUGACCUCAAGGAACAAGAAGGCACCAAGCACGCGGCGGUUCCGUACACCAUUGUACCCGGACACAGAACCGGAGUCAUCUCGCAACUCUACCUCGACCCCACUUGCACUUUUAUGAUCUCGACGGGAGGCAACAGAGGCUGGGAAGGCAACUCCACGGAAGUCUUGUUGGGAUAUGAAGUCCACUUCGUUUAG